GUUCGAGCACGGCGAUUGGAAGAGUCCACGUGCUAAGUCGCUGGACCGAACCACACUGCUCGAGUUUGAGAAUACAGGUUCAUUUAGUGGCGUCGAAGGGCACGUCAAUUUCACUUCAGUGGACCAUUCAGUGUUCCUAACGUUGGCUUUCUAUAAUGGGAAGUCAUCGGAUGCGACCUUUACAGCGAGGGCAGGGUCUUCCCUCGCAGAUGGUCGUAUGAUGUUGGAGAAAAGCCCAGCAUUGAAAAAUCAAAUGCGCGGAAGCCUUUUGUACAAGGCAGAUGGCUGUGCUUGGGAAGUCGUCUCCUUAGACUCGGAACAUGUUGUUGUUCGAAUCUACGUUUAUGGUUCGGAACCCAGCAAAGUCCAGAUCCUCAAUUUUCAAAG